AUGGUCAAAAGAAAGGUUGCAGCGCUCGAGAAAAUCGACGCCGACUUUGCGAGUCUGCAGUACAAAAUCCGUAGAGAUCCAAAGUCUUACCAAGAUGAGUUUGAGAGGCAGUAUGAGCAGUAUGUCUCACAGCGCGAGAUCUUCUUCUCGUCCCCGUCGACAGCAUCUGCGGACCAGGCCCAGUCUUUCCACGACCUGAUCGACCUGAUCGCUCAUACUGCCGAUUGCUACCCCGACUCCCUGCGCGAGUUCCCCGAUGACCUCAAGACGAUCCUGAUGCAACAUCACGCCGUCCUUGACAGCGACCUAAGAGACAAGAUUGCCGGAAGUUUGGUGUUACUGAGGCGGAAGGAGAUCAUCGACUCCACAAGCCUUUUAACUACACUCUUUCCCAUACUCGUUUCGACUCCGAGUAAGAGCCUGCGUACUCUGCUCUUCCAAAAGAUUCUUAGUGAUUUGAGGAACUCCAACUCAAAGACCACUAAUCACCGCCUCAACCGGACCAUCCAGACCGUCCUCUAUAAUCUCGUCACAUCCGACAGAACCUCAUCCAAGGCAAUCUGGGCGGUCAAGCUUACUAGAGAGCUAUGGAAACGACAGAUAUGGACCGAUGCGAAGCCGGUUGACGUUAUGAAGGAGGCGUGUCUUUCUGAUAACGAAAAGGUUAUUGUGGGCGGCGUGCGCUUUUUCCUGGGCGGAGAUAAGGAGCGUGAAGAGCUUGAGGAUGAAAGCAGUGAUGAUGAUGCCACUCCAGACCUCAAAAGAGUCAGGCAUCAAAUUGGUAUCAACAAGAAAACCAAGAAAAAGGAAAAGGCACUCAAGACCGCGGUGGCCAAGGUCAAGAAAGCAGAGAAGAAGAAGCAGGCGCCUCAUCCCCUGAACUUCUCUGCGCUUCAUCUGCUCCACGAUCCUCAAGGGUUUGCCGAGUCGCUUUUCCAUAAGCACCUGCAGAGCACGAGAAACAAGAUGUCACUCGAGAACAAGCUCCUUGUUCUUCAGCUAGUGACGCGCUUGGUGGGUCUGCAUAAGCUUACAAUGGUGCAGCUUUACUCAUGGUUCACCAAGUACCUUACCCCGAAACAACCAUCCGUCACCUCGUUCCUUGCGUCUCUAGCACAAGGCACGCACAAUCUUGUUCCACCCGACGCACUUGAACCUCUCGUUAUCAAGAUUGCGAAUGAGUUUGUCAGCGAAGCGUCUGCAGCAGAGGUUGCAGCUGCAGGACUCAACUCGAUCCGCGAGAUCUGUGUUCGGCAGCAUCUGGCCAUGAACGAGACCUUGCUCCAGGAUCUGGUCCAGUACCGCCGGAGUAAGGACAAGGGCGUGGUUAUGGCUGCCAACGGUCUCCUCUCGCUUUACCGCGAGGUAGGUGCUGACAUGCUGCGUAAGAAGGACAGAGGCAAGGACGCAACCAUGGGUCUUCGCAGCGGAGAAAUCCAGCAAAGGCGGUUUGGUGAGGCCGAGGCCGGUGGCAUUGAGGGUCUUGAGCUGCUCGCAAAGUGGAAAGAAGAGGAGAAGAAACGCAAGAGGGCAGAGAAGGGUCUUCCUGAGAACGGUGAGGAUGGGGAGGAUGCAGAAGACAGCGAUUAUGAUGAGGAUGACGAUGGGUGGGAGGUUGCUUCCUCUGUGAGCACCGACUCGGGCGGCUGGAUCAAUGUCAGUGAGGAUGAGGACGAAGCACCGCAGCUCAAGAAGGUCAAGCGAGACGCAGAAGCAGAUGAUUCGGAGGAAGAGGAUGGUGAAAAUGAGAUCGAUGCGGCUGCAGAGGCCGAGAGGCUUGCAAAGCUUGCAACCACUACUAUUCUUACGCCCGCGGACCUUGCCAAACUACAGGAGCUUCGACUACAGGCACAGGUCGAAAAGGCGAUGGGCGCGGGCAACAAGGCCGCCGCCAGGCGCCUUCGCGAGCUGGAGGAGAGACAUGCCGAUGAGGCACUCACGGCGGACCAGAUUGAGCUCCCGGGCAAGCUCCGCAAGAGCACCAAGGAGGAGCGUAUCGCACUGGCAAAGGAAGGCAAACCCGACCGGGAGGAGCACAAAUCCACCAAGGCUAUUCGCAAGUCUCAAAAGGAGGCCCGUGGUGGCUCUACUACAAACAAGGACAAGGCGCGUAAGAAGAACUUCUUGAUGACUCUGGGCAAGGCCAAGCACAAGCAGAAGCGUAGUCUGGUGCAGACCAAGAAGGUUCUUCAGGCGCACAUUGAGAGGAGCAAGGGUGGCGGAAGGCGGAGAAAUGGCACCUGA